CCCGUAGAGCGCUUGCUGUAAACUGUGACCUUGAGGGGACGCGUACGUUAAGUUUGUUCCAGACGUCAGAAUUUUCAUAGCUGUACCCUCAGAGCGAAUUUCUGAAGAAGAAAAGAGAAACAGAAGAGCAGCAAGGCACUUGGAUAUGAACGCCAAACGUCGCUUAACAUUGUGCAGUAGAGCGGACAGAGAGCGAAAUGAAGUCAGAGGCUCCAUAUUAGAGAAUGUAGUAAUGAAGAACAAUGAAUUGUGUCGUUUAACGAGUUGUAGUAAGCCCACAUGAAGGAAAGGAAGUCAAGGCUGGUACAAGGAAAGCGGUUUAUUCGAAGGGUGUGUGUAUAGAGGAUGAAGUGGUAAGAAUACUAAUGACUAUAUCUUUUGUUGUCUAACUUUUUUUCCUUUUUUUGUUUAUCCGGUGCUAGCCACACAAUCUUAGUGUAAAAGUCCGAGUUAGCAUGUUAUAGGUUGUCUUAGUAGAAUAGCUAAUCCAGCAUAAUAUUGGAAACGUGAGUCUGAGUGGUGAGCGUAGGAAGACAAUCUAUAUCAAAGAUUGAUUGACUUAUUCUCAAUCAUAAAGUGCUUGAUACCUUCAAAGUGUUCUGCCCCCACAAACACGGGUGGAUUGAAGUUAUCACCCUCACUAACAGUGCUUGCUGGUCAGUACCUCCGCCCUCCCUCCUUUUGUGAUGUUAGGCUCAUUUAUGCUUAUUUUUUUAUAUAUGUCAUACCUCACACAAUCCUCUGUGUUUCACAUCCUGUUGGAAAGCACUAUUUCUAAAAGUACCAUUUUACAAGCUUAUCAGGCAGUUACAGGUUAUGAACUGUGGAUAAGGCAUCGAUGCAGUGCUUCUGUUGACCAUAUUAUAGUAUAGUUUGCCAAUCAGAGUAUAAGCAUUAAGUGUAAAAUCCAUUUUGAAGGUUUUGUGUGUUGGUGAAAAUCCCUACAUGUAUAUACUUGUACUUUGUUCCUAUUGAUCCCCUUAGUUGUACAUUGUUGUAUUUUGAUUACAUUUGAGUUGUUAAUACUUGUAUUUUUUAUUAUAGUUUUUGUUUUUCUUACGCAUUCACUAAGUUUGUGUUUCUUCCUGAACUGCAUCUGUGUUGUUUUACUUGACACUUGUUCUUGGCGGUGGCCGUAUUGAUUUGCUCCUCCUUUUGUGUGUGCUCUAUCCAGUCAGGAUAGAAUAACGUUCAUUUGUUGUGAAUGAUUUGAUUGAUUGAACAAUUAUUGGUUGAAUAGCCGGGUGGUAAUAUUUGUUUAGAACCGCUAGUUACCCGAUUACUGGUUCUGAUUUCGACGGGAAAGGGCGCGUGUCUAAAAUCCCCGGUAGGCUAUUCUUCAACAUCCAAACCGUAGUUUGGAUUCUACAGUUCUAAACAAUUAUAACUUGGCCGAAAUCCUUUGGCAAUCGUUCGCGGAUUUUGAUUAUUGUUUCUGGAAAUAUUUGGUCCUUUCGUUUAUAAUGUGGAAGGAAAUCAAGCUCAAAGUUCGUUGAUGUUAAUGAAGAAUCCCCUAUUACCAAGCAAGUGCCUUUUGAUGUCCUUAAGUGUCAUGGUUCAGACUCGAAUAGGGUUGAUUAUCAUGGUAGUGACUCUAGUCUUAAUUCGAUGACAGAUGACGUAAAAAAUCUUAGUUUAAAGGAGAAGCAAAGGCUUGAAUUACCAGGAAAGAGCGUUUCGCCUAUAGCGCCUGUUGUUGGUCUAGAACUUCCAACGGUUGGAUUGAGUUAUUUCGAUGGACAGCCGAGAGGGUACUGGAUAUUUAUAAGGCAAUUUGAGACCUAUGUAGCGUCAAGAGUCACUGAUGAUAGCCAACGUUUGCUCUAUUUGAUGCACUAUUGUAAGGGCAAGGCGAAAAGAGCUAUUGAGGGUUGUGUCAUGAUGGAAGCAUCCUCUGGUUAUAAGAGAGCAAGGGAAAUUCUAAAACGUUUGUUCGGACAGUCUCAUGUAAUCGCUCGAGAAACAUUAGAAGACUUAUUCAAUGCUGUGAAUUUUGAUUAUACCGACGGGGAGCAACUAUCAAACUUGGCUAUUAAAAUGGAAAACUGAGCCAUGGUCUUGGAACAGAUGCAUUAUGCCUCUGAUCUAAAUUCCUUAGUUACUUUGGAAAGAAUAGUGAGACUCUUGCCUCAACCUAUGCAAGCCCAGUGGGCGGACUGGGUGGAUAGAUUGACCGAAGAUGAUAGAGAGCCGACGUUUCACGAACUCACUCAGUUUAUCACAUCGCGUGCGAGAGUGGCUUGUAGUAGAUUUGGACGGUUAGCAAAUCGUUCAAGAAAAGGACAUAACGUAAAGACGAACUGUCACGUGCAAUCGGAGCAAGGGAAUAGUUCGACAACGAAAACUAAAUGCAGUAUGUGUUCCUACGACCAUGCUAUUUAUAAAUGUCCACAGUUCUUAGCGCUUACAGUUCAAGACCGAUGGUCUCACGCUAAAAGCAAGGGUAUCUGUUUUGUCUGUCUUAGACAAGGACAUAAGGUUAAUGAAUGUAAGAUGACAAGGCUCUGUAAGGUUGACAGUUGUGAGAGGAGACAUCACGCUCUGCUGCACACUGACUCGACAAGCAACGUCGUAAAUGAUAAGCCAUCAUGCCCGGAAUAUAGGAAAAAGAGUUGUUAAUCAUACCAGUAAGAUACAGACAUUAGAGAACGAAAUACGUAAGCCUUAUGACGUAGAGUUUUCAGAUGCAUAUUCAAGUGAUAAAUCAUUAUCGGUAGACGACAAGGUGGCUAUAAAGAUUGUGGAAGAUGGUACGCGCUUCGACAACGGACAUUUUGUAGUUUCUAUACCGUGGAAAAAGAAUCCAGAUAUGAAAGUGGAUAAUUAUGAAGUAGCAAACCGUAGAUUACAAGGUUUGAAGGGUAUGUUGUCGAAGGAUGUCAGUCUGCACAUCAAGUAUACCAAAAGUACUGAAAGUGAUUUUACUAAGACUUAUGCGGAGAGGGUCUUUGAAAUAUAUCUGCAGUCUUAUUAUCGCCCUUGAUGGCAUUUACCUCAUCAUGCAGUAUUAAACAUGAAAAAACCAGAUCUUAGAGUGGUCCUUGAUUGUGCCGCCCAGUUUGCAGGGGUUCCCCCAAAUGAUAUGAUUUAUCAAGAACCCGAUACCACCGCUGAGUUAAGGUGUAUAUUAAUAAGUUUUCGCAAGGAGGCAGUUGCAAUCCCUGCAGAUGUUGAAGAAAUGUUCAUACGAGUGAAGGUCCCUGAGUCUGAUCGAGGAGCUUCAAGAUUUCUGUGGUGGCAGGAGGGAGACAUGUCGAGGGAACCAUCCGAGUUUCAAAUGACAUCCCAUCCAUUUGAUGCCACAUCAUCGCCAUUUUGCGCGAACUUUGCCCUGAAUAAGACGGCCCAAAUAUUCUCUGACGGUUAUGAUGGUUAUGUUGUAGAUGAUGUCAAGAAUAAUUCCUAUGUUGAUGAUUGCUUGAUAUCCAUUCCCACUUGUGAUCAAGCAAAGAGUUUCGUUAAGCAGAUAAGUGAAUUAUUAUGUAGAGGAAGUAUACAAAAAAUGACCGAUCUUGGUUCAAAUGUCCUACUUUAUUGCAUGGCGAAUUUUAUUUAACAAUCACUGACUGUCCGGAACCUACUCAUGACGAUAUUGAAUUUAGAAAAACUGCUGUGGUUAACUUGAGUAGUAUGAAGUACAACAUGACACCUAUUCUCUCUUAUUAUUCCGAGUGGUUGAAAUUAGUCAGAGUUGCAACCUGGUUUAGAAGGUUCAUCGAAUUCCUGAUGGUACUUCGUUUACCGAGUUGUGAAGGAUCCGUUCAUCUAGGAUGUUUAAAGGUCAAAGAGCUUGACAUUGCCAAGCGUAAGAUUUUAUUGAUGGUUCAGAGAGAAGUGUAUGGAGAAUUACUUAGUGAAUUUAAAAACAGCAGUAAAGUAGUAAGUCAUGAUGAUCUGAAAGGUUUUUCAUUGAUAAUGCUUGAUGGGUUACUCUGCGUUGGAUGUCGACUAAGAUACUCAGAUUUCCCAAAUGCUUUUAAACAUCCAGUAAUUUUACCCAGUCGAUACUUAGUGACAGAAAUGAUAGACAUUGUCAUAAAGAACAAGGACACAUAGGAAGAUCAUUAGAAAAAGGGUAUGGAUAUGUGUUUACUUGUUUGCAAACAUGGGCAGUACAUAUUGAAAUGAUGUGUAAUUUGAUUACUGAUUCAUUUUUAAUGGCUCUAUUGCGUUUUAUUGGAAGAAGAAGGAAACCUCCAGAGAUUUACAGUGUCAGUGCGUCAAGCUUCGUGGGGACAGUUUCUGAGUUAAGCAAGUUUGUGCAGCAGUCGAAUCAGAAGAUAAACAUUGAAUUAUCAGCGAGGCCCUCAUCCAACAGCAUGGGUGGAGUUUGGGGAAGAGUGAUUAGGUCUAUAUCACGACUGUUAUCGUUGAUCACCAAAGAACAGGUGAAGCAGGUCUCCUUGAAGCUUUGGAUUAGUCUUUGUUAUUAUUAAUGUAGUUAGGUCGAGUAGGCGUACUGUUGUAAGUCCUACUCGUUCCUAUGGUGUGAUAUGUUAUAUAAUGAACCAUGACCGUAGGCAUCAAGGUAGCUUGUGUGGUAUGGAGGGAUUUUGGGGGCCGGUGUAAGAUCCAUUUUGAAGGUUUUGUGUGUUGGUGAAAAUCCCUCCAUGUAUAUACUUGUACUUUGUUCCUAUUGAUCCCCUUAGUUGUACAUUGUUGUAUUUUGAUUACAUUUGAGUUGUUAAUACUUGUAUUUUUUAUUAUAGUUUUUGUUUUUCUUACGCAUUCACUAAGUUUGUGUUUCUUCCUGAACUGCAUCUGUGUUGUUUUACUUGACACUUGUUCUUGGCGGUGGCCGUAUUGAUUUGCUCCUCCUUUUGUGUGUGCUCUAUCCAGUCAGGAUAGAAUAACGUUCAUUUGUUGUGAAUGGUAAUUUCCCCUCAUCUUCUAUCAACUUCUUUAUUUAUUGUAAUUUAGAUUUGAUUGAUUGAACAAUUAUUGGUUGAAUAGCCGGGUGGUAAUAUUUGUUUAGGUAACGAUUUACAUUUAAAUUUAUGAUGAAUUAUAGAACCGCUAGUUACCCGAUUACUGGUUCUGAUUUCGACGGGAAAGGGCGCGUGUCUAAAAUCCCCGGUAGGCUAUUCUUCAACAUCCAAACCGUAGUUUGGAUUCUACAUUAAGAAUGGUAUAAUGUAGGAUGGUUGUUUAUUAAAGCAGGCGAAAAAGUAUAGGAGUGUAUGAGUUGUAGAUAAGGUAACGAGUGAUGAAAUAAUAUUAAUUGAUAGUCAACAUAGUGCGCAGAAGAGUAAAAAGCUAAUACAGGAUAAACAGGAAGAAACUCACAGUAACUUGGUGCUGAUGUUAUUUUGUGUUGUCCUAACCAGUUGAUUGGUAACAGGCUCCAUAGAUGCAAGACCACUGGUAGUAGGCAAUCGAUUGUGCGGUCCUCUUGACUUUCUGAGGGUGGUAGUGAGUGUCCCUUAGCGACCGAGUUUAGUUGAACAGUAUCGAUAGGUUCAGUGAGUUACCUGUCUACUUCAAGUGAAAAAUUAGGGUGGAAAAAGUAACUAGUACAACUGCAAAGUAGGAAAAAUAAGGCAAACUGAACUUGAAGUCCAGUUUGGUCUAAACAUAGAGAGAGCCUAUGAUGUCUGAGUGGGGCACAGAUAUGUUCGUACGUGCAAGAUCAGUGCAAGUGAGGGCUUGAUCAAGCAGUUUUACAAACGUAUUUAGUUCGUCUGUCACGCGAAUUUCGGAGGGAAGACUGUUCCAUAUUAUGGCAUACUUGAUUAUGAAGAAGUUAUAUCCCGAGUUUUUGAUCUGUAUUUCUCAACCUUGACUGUAGAUACUUUGUUUCGAAGUUCGUGUUCAUGUAAAUCUCUAACAAGAACUAUCUUAUAUGUUGAAUAAGUAAGGUUUUUAAGUAGUUUAAAGUAGAGAAUCAAAUUAGACCUGUCUUCGUUUCCAAAGGGGUUCUAUUCCUAAGAUUUGGCAUCGGGAACUAUGGUCAAUGACUGAGUCAGUCUUAAUUAUUUUGCAGGUGAAUUCUCGUUGUAUUCCUUCCACCUUUAGUAUAUCAGAUAGGCGUAGGUUGGAAAAUAAGGACGAGCAGUAUUCAACGAUAGGUCUUACACAAACCUUGUAAAGAAGGAUAUUAGAUUCAUUUUGAUAGGAAUUACGGAGGAUGAAGCUAAGCAAUUUCUGCAUUUUAGAUGCUUUGGCUGAGAUGUGCUCAGAGAAAUUAAGACUGUGUGGGCAAUGUACCCCUAAGUCAGCUACUGAUGCCAGUCUGCGCAAUGUGUGAUUGCUAAGUGUUAGUGUUAUUUUAAGAGACGUGUCUCCUAUACAUAACCAGCCGCAUUUCUCUGUGUUGAGCUCUAACCUCCAGCGUUUGCACCAGUUGAGGUCAUGUUGGAUUGUUUGCAUAGUACUACUUAAAUCGCAAAUGUCAGUUUUAUAGAUGACUUUUAAGUCAUCGGCAUAGAGGUAGGUCUUACCUGUGCUAAAGCACUUGCAUAUAUUGUUGAUGUAGAUUAUAAAGAGCAAUGGACCCAAGACACUACCCUACACAACACCACUGGUUAUUGGUCGAGGUGUAGACGUUGUAGAGUUUAUCUUGGUUGUUUGAUAUCUGUUCGUAAGAAAAGACUUGAUCCAUUGCAAAAGGGGAUUUAUAAUUCCAACUGACUUAAGUCUGUUGAUUAGAAGAUUAUGACGUGUUUUAUCAAAGGCUUUCUUAAUAUCGAAGUAUAGUAUAAUAACUAGUUUCUUCUUGUCGCAUAUACGAGUAACCUCGUUAAAGAAGUCUAGUGCGUAUGCGUUCCGUACCAAGCAGCCGGGUCAGUGAGGAGAAUAACGCGGACUCGAAUUGUUGUCCUUGGUCAGUCGUGACAAUCGAGGAAUAACCGUACUGCGCUGUCCAUCGUUCCACAAAUCAGUGAGCAACUCUCCGCCGUAAUGGAUGUAAUAGGAAUAGCUUCGGGACAUCAUGUAAAACGGUGGAUGCACAUGAGUAUGUGAUCAUACUCAUGCGAUGGUGGAAAUGGUCCCACAAUGUCAGUAUGAACGUGAUCGAGUCGAGCAUCAGGCGUAGCGAAUGUGCCGAUGGGGUCAGCUACAUUCCUGUGCACUUUUGAUCGUUGAUAUUGUAAGCAUUGCUUCACUCACAUACGGACAUCAUCCAUAGACGGCCAGACGUAUCGUGCAGCCAUGAGGCGUAAUGUAGCUGCGAUACCUGUAUGAGACAGUAAAUGCAGGGCAUCGAACAUGAGACGACGGUAAGCAGAGGGUACGAUGGGUCGAGGAAGACGGACAGAAGUAUCACACAGGUUAGUACCUGAUCUAGUAGCUAGGGCUACUUCCUGGCACUGAAAAGUUGUAGAAUGUUGUUCUUCUGUACAGGGGCUAUCUCUUGCUUGGGCGACAGCCAUAGCAGGAAGAUCGAGCACCAGUAAGGCAACCGCAUUCACUAGAAUACGUGGCAGAGCAUCGGCAACAUAGUUCGAAUCGCCUUUAAUGUGACGAAAGUCUGUCGUGAAAUGAGCGAUACAGUCCAAAUGUCUGCACCCUCGUGGUGAGUGGCGAUCAGACUUGGUAUGCAGAGCAUAUGUUAAGGGCUUGUGGUUGAUGAAUAAAAUGAAAUCACGAUCUUCUACUGCGCGCCGGAAAUGUUUGGCAGCACAGUAGGCUGCUAGUAGUUCUCGUCUCUGUGGGAGUAAGGCGUCGUGAGAAAAAUUUGAGAGGUUACCAACUGCCGGAGAUGUUCUGUUGCAUAACGGCUCCUACAGCAAAAUCUGAUGCAUCAACAGCUAUACUAGGCGAGUCUAAUGGGUCAGGAUGAGUGAGGAGUGUGACUUGAGAGAGAGAGCUGUUUUGAUCUCUGAAAAUGCAGUACGUGCGGCAUUGUUCAAUUCUAAUUUGCGUGGAUUACCGCGAAGUAAAUCGGUUAAUGGUCGCAACCGUUCUGCCGCGUGUGGGAUGGAACGUCGAUAGAAGUUAACCAAACCGAAAAAUGCAUUCAGUUCCUUGAGUGUGGACGGUACGUUGUACUCCUUUAUUGCACGUACUUUGUCCUCUCAAGGUGAAAUACCCUCUUACUUAAUGAUGUGACGCGAGAAGAUUAUUUCUGGUUUGCCAGAUUCACACUUGUCCGGGUUGACUACUAUUGUAUUAUCCGAAAAGCGUUGGAAUAACAGUGUAAGGUUUUGAUAGUGUUCAUCUACGUUUGAUGAUGCGAUUAGCAAGUCAUCAAUAAAGACGUAAACGAAAUCAAAGUCUCGUAUCAUGCUAUCGAUAAACCUUUGGAAAGUUUGAACAGCAUUCCGUAAUCCAAAUGGCAUUCGUAGGAACUCAAACAGACCGAAAGGAGUCGUGAUAGCGGUUUUCUUGAUAUCUUCAAGAGCGACUGGGAUCUGAUGAUAUGCUCGUACCAGAUCGAUCUUAGAAAAGAUAGUCGUGCCCUUGAGCGAUGCGAUGAUGUUGUGCAUGUGGGGAAUGGGUGUAACUACGUUUAACGCUCGGUAGUCGCCAAUUGGUCUCUAACUAAUCCCAUCCUUUUGGCGCACCAUGUGAAGAGGUGAGGCCCAAUAUUAAACGUAUAUUUUCUAUUGUCUAAUUAUCAAGUAACUAAACUAUGCAUAUUCAUAUUCCUCUUAUUAUAAGCUUUAUUUUGACCCACAACCUAUUAUUAUACGUUUUACCACUGUUGAGUUAUACCCAGUAUAUUAAUUACUACCUCCCUCAUUCACAGCCACAUCUGUCUAAUUCUUGUACAAAUAUUGUUUCAUAUUUUAUUGGUACGUUGUGAUCUGUUUGGUUGAUAUAUACACUCAGGAUGUUUUAAAUAUAAUGGUUCAUAUCGCAAAGACUGAGACUUGUGUUCUGGACUUAACUGGUUGGGCUAGGCAGGAAGCAGGGUCAGUCAGGACUCUAAGCUGCUCGCAUGUGUUUCACGCGUCCUUGAUCCGAUCGAUAACUCGCUGCUUCUGAUUGGUGUCUUUGGACUAUAACACAAACUCACGUUUAGCGAAAGCCAAGUUUUCCGGUGCCAGUCGGCGUGAUCUUGCCGUGACUAGGGGUUCGCAGGUGACUAUGUAGUGUACCACACGAUUUGUCACCGAUGGAAUCUCCUCGAGUGGUUUAGUUAAUUUGGGGAAUUUCUCGAAUGAGGCAUGGAAUAUAUCGUCACGCGAAUAAAAGACGCCUAAGAUUCGGUAAGCGUUUUUUGAGCUUUGAAGCCCAUGACUUUGCUGUUCGACGAAGUAUCAAUUAACUGCAGCCUACUUGAAUCGAUUAGCACUUCGUAGUGCUGUAUGAAAUCAAUACCGAGUAUGGCUGUGGGAACAUUGACAAUGAUGAACGUCCACAGAUACUGUUGUCGGUUGCCCAGGUUGACCGUCAGUUGUCGUGUACCAUAGGUAGGAAUGGCUGAGCCAAUCACAGGGCGUAGUUGAAGCGUCGUAGCUUGUGACUUACUGUUACCAAGACUUAUGACAGAAACGUGGGCACCUGUAUCUGCUAGGUAUCUAGCGUUCGUGCGAUAAUCGUGCAC